UGCUGUCACAAACGCUUUAAAGGCACAUGUAUAAAGUUGAGUCCUCUAUCUAUCUCUAUGGUUGGUCCAUGAACGUUACUAUCAACGCGGCUGCAAAUUGAAGAUGGCGGACUUGUUGGGGACUGUGCCGUCUGCUGAAAAAGAAACCGAAAAUAAGGACAAGAUGGAGAAACGGCCAUGGGAUGAUAUACCAAGGUCAGGGGAAAUCGGUAAAACUCCAGAUCUGGCGGAAACAUUGGGCUUUUACGAUAUAAAUGCUGUCAGACGGGAACAACGUGAACGUGAUAACUCAGAUCCGUCGCUGGCUCGCUUCAUGUGUGCUGAGCUGACCCGGGGCUACUUCCUGGAGCACAACGAAGCAAAAUACACAGAGCGCAGAGAGCGAGUGUACACAUGCAUGCGCAUUCCCAGAGAACUGGAAAAGCUGAUGAUCUUUGGCUUCUUCCUGUGUUUGGAUGCCUUCCUCUACGUGUUCACGCUGCUUCCCCUCCGGGUGCUGCUGGCCCUGCUACACCUCCUCACCCUGCCCUGCUGCAGCCUCGGUGGCUCACGCCUGCUGCAGCCUGCCCAGGUGUGUGACAUCUUGAAGGGACUGAUAAUGGUGCUGUGCUACUCCAUGAUGCACUACGUGGACUACAGCAUGAUGUACCACCUGAUCCGGGGACAGUCCGUCAUCAAACUCUACAUCAUCUACAACAUGCUGGAGGUAGCUGACAGGCUGUUCUCGUCGUUUGGCCAAGACAUCCUUGACGCUCUCUACUGGACGGCCACAGAGCCCAAAGAGAGGAAGAGAGACAGCAUAGGGGUCAUCCCCCACUUCCUCAUGGCUGUAUUCUACGUCUUCCUGCAUGCCAUCCUCAUCAUGGUCCAGGCGUCAACGCUCAACGUGGCUUUCAACUCUCACAAUAAGUCCCUGCUCACCAUCAUGAUGUCCAACAACUUUGUGGAGAUCAAAGGAAGUGUGUUCAAGAAGUUUGAGAAGAACAACCUCUUUCAGAUGUCCAACAGUGAUAUCAAGGAACGGUUCACCAGCUACGUACUCCUUCUCAUCGUCUGCCUCAGGAACAUGGAGCAGUUCUCAUGGAGCCCAGAUCAUCUCUGGGUGUUGUUACCUGAUGUCUUCAUGGUGAUCGCCUCCGAGAUCGCAGUGGACGUCAUCAAACACGCCUUCAUCACCAAGUUCAACGAGAUCACGGCAGAUGUAUACAGUGAAUACAGAGCCAGCCUGGCCUUCGAUCUCGUCAGCUGUCGGCAGAAAAACGCCUGCACAGACUACAGCGAUUCCGUAGCCAGGAGAAUGGGCUUCAUUCCUCUUCCUCUUGCAGUCCUGCUAAUCCGAGUGGUGAUGAGUUCAGUGAAUGUACAGGGAGCCCUGUCCUACUCCUGUGUGUUCCUCUUUUACAUGGGAAUGGUGACCCUGAAAGUGCUUAACAGUAUUGUGCUGCUGGGGAAGUCGUGUGUUUACGUGAAGAGAGCCAACAUGGAGGACAAGCUGUUUGAGAAGCCCCCCACAGCCGUCCCCGGGAAGACGCCCAGUCGAACCAGCAAGACAUCCAGGUGUACUGCCCCCUCAGGUGAUCUGUCAGGGGAUCCGUGGUCUGAGCGGUCUCCAUCCACUCCUUCCUGCACCUCCAUCCCCCCCUCCUCCUCUGUCACCACCCAGCCUACUCCCACUGCCAUCCCCACCCCACAGGCAGAGACUGUGGCCCCUCCCACCACUUCCCCCACCACCACCCCAACCAGACCCUCCACCAGCCCAGAACCGGACCCUGACACCCUCACCCCCUCGCCCCCUGCCACUCCCGAGCAGAAGGAGGGGGAUGGGACAGAGGGCACAGAGCUCAAGCACAGGACCCCUAAAAAGGACCUGCUGGACGUAGACCGCUUCACGAUAUGCGGAAACCGCAUUGAUUGACCCCUCUGAGCCCUUCCAUUGACCUUUGACCCCCCUCCCCCCGAUAGCCACUCAGGAGAGGCGGUGAGCAAGACGCCCCUCAGCACUUCUGCUCUCUUAGCGAAAUCCAGCGGAAGCAGAGUAUAUUUAUUAAGUUAGACAUACAGUAAGUUAUUGUGGACUCUGGGACAUGCUGUUUAAUUUAAGUUGACUUGCUGUUUUUCGCCUGCUGGGUUUGGGGCUCGACAAAGAGAACUACAGUUGGUUGAGCAACCGAAGACUGCCAGAGGAAUUGUUGUUUUCAUGGCAACCUAGUUGUCUGUACCAAUGAUGUAUAUAAACCCUGGAUUGCUGAUGCUUUAUAUUGGCCAUUGAGAAGCUUUGAAGCCACCGGUCGGCCAUAUUCGCACUCCCCAGUAUUACAAUUCAAUGUUUCAAGGACAAAAUAACAUGUAUAUAAGUGUUUUGUUGUUAUAGUGGGGACAAUUACAUUUAGUAGUAAAAAUAAAUGUUUUAAUAGUAUAAUAUAAAUACAAGUAUGCAUUAAGAUGUCUAAUAGAAUAAAUGUGUAAAAAAAAAACGAAUGUAGACAUUAAUACAUUUCUAUAGCUUCUAAAAUCUAUUUUACAAUGGAGGAGGAGUACCAAGAUGGCUGCACGAUGGCUUCAGUACAGCACCCCAUUCCAGUCAUCCAUGAUGCUAGAUACACUGUGUGUGUGUGUGUGUGUGUGUGUGUGUGUGUGUGUGUGUGUGUGUGUGUGUGUGUGUGAACAUGGAACAUCAGAUACACAGCAAAAGAGGAACAAAUUUAUCUGUCAAUGUUCUACCGUUUUAUUUGGACAUAUUGGAUAAAAACGACUGAUUAGCUAUUUGCUCAUCAAAAAGCUUUACCCAGUUUAUUGGAAUUUUGCGGGAUAAAAAUUACUACUGGUAUGAGCUCCAUUUGGUCGUGUAAAGAACAUCUCCACAGAAGUGAGAUUUUUUUUUUAGACAUCUUUCUUUUACAGAUAUUUUAAUCUCAUUCAAUUUGACUUAAAAAUAAUAUUUGAUGGUUAUUUGUUUGCCAUUCCCGCACGUAUUACUCAUAAUACAUAUUGCCUUUGGGGAAAAGUUCAUACUAGCAUUUUAUGAUGGCAAGAAUCCCUAGUUUGCGCUGAUGAAACGUUACCGUAUUGUCUUAAUUAAAUAUGCUACAGAUGACAGGGUUUGGAGCUAUUUCUCUUCAUUUGACGCUCAUGCAAUGUUUUAAUUACUAUUGUAAUAAGGAUCUAUUUUUGGAGCUGCCAGUUGUAAUAUUUUAUAGUAUUUUUGCGCAUGGAACUUUCACUGAACUCUCUCCAAGGGUCACUUUUUGUAGUGUUCUUAUGCAAGCAAUGAUGGAAAACUGUCCACUUUAAUCUCAUCUGUUUGGUUCAUAACUUCACCGUGAUAUGAAAUGGCCCUCUUUGGGAUGAUGAUAAUGAUGAUAAAUAAAUUAAAGUUAUUUUGCAA